AUGGCAUCCACGGGCGUCGCUGAGGAGGCACUCGCCGCACCCGCCGCCCCGGGCAGCACCGAGCUUGGCAGUGGUAGCAGUGCUACUGACAACAAGUUGGUCGAGUCGGUCGCUGCUCUGGAUGUGGCGGGUACGCCGAAAGAGGGAGUUGACGAGGCAGCUGCUCCUGUCCCUCCGCACCGGUCUCACGAUCCCGACUUCAACCAGAAGCGGGCAGACCCGUUCCAGUUUGGGUCUCGGUACCUGAAUGAGGAUGACGAUCCUUAUGAGUUCAAUGCGUGGGAUCAUGUCGAGACCGACGACGUGUACAAGGAGUACGCGGAGCAGCAGUAUGCCCUGCAGCGCCAGUCGCCGGUCUCGGAUUUUGACAAACACAGGUUCAACUCUGACCCCGCCAAAUGGUGGAAUCAGUUCUACAAGAACAACACAGCCAACUUCUUCAAGGAUAGGAAGUGGCUGCAGCAAGAGUUCCCCAUUCUGACCAAGGCCAUCAAAGAGGACACUGGUCCCUUUGUACUGCUAGAAAUUGGCGCUGGGGCUGGCAACACUGCUUUCCCCAUUUUGGCACAGAACAAGAACCCCCACCUCAAAAUCCACGCUUGUGACUUCUCCAAGAAAGCCGUCGAGGUGAUGCGCUCACACGAGAGCUAUGGGACGGACCAGAUGCAAGCCGACGUAUGGGACGUGUCGGGCGACGAGCUGCCGCCCGGCCUUGCCGAGGGCAGCGUCGACGUUGCGCUCAUGGUAUUCAUCUUUUCGGCGCUGUCGCCAGCCCAGUGGGCCAAGGCUGUCGCAAACGUACACAGGUUGCUCAAGCCCGGUGGUGUCGUCUGCUUCCGUGAUUAUGGCAGGGGUGACCUCGCCCAAGUCCGGUUCCGGAAGGGCCGGUAUCUAGAAGAGAACUUUUACAUCAGGGGAGAUGGUACGCGCGUCUACUUUUUCGAGACGGAUGAGUUGUCGACCAUCUGGAAGACAGGUGGGCCUCCACCAGCGGCAGACGCUGCAGACCAGCCAAGUAAGCCGGAUCUUUUUGAAAUAGAGGCUCUCGGAGCCGAUCGAAGACUUUUGGUCAAUCGAGCUCGGAAGCUCAAGAUGUAUAGAUGCUGGCUGCAAGGGCGGUUCAGAAAGCUGUGA